AUGAUGCAUAAUGAACCAUCAGCACAGACUCUUCCACCACCAUUACCAUUAUCAUAUGAACAAGAAACAAAAUCAAAUGGUUUUCAUGAUUUUACAAAUCAUCAUCAUCAUCCACAUCAACAUCAACAUCAAUCAUUAGAUCCAAUUGAUUCUCAACAACAAUAUUCAAAUUUUAUUCAACAUAAUACAUAUCAUCAUCCAACAUCAGAUGAACAAUUUUAUUCAACAACACGUAAUUCAUUUACAUCAUAUCCAUAUCCAUAUUCAUUACCUUAUCCAUCAUUAACACUUGAUGCAGAUGAAAAAUGUCAUUAUGAUGAACGUGAUAUACAACCAAAAUUAACAAUUAAAGGUAAAAAAAUUCGUAAACCAAGAACUAUUUAUUCAAGUAUGCAAUUACAAGUACUUAAUAAACGUUUUCAACGUACACAAUAUCUUGCUUUACCUGAACGAGCUGAAUUAGCUGCUUCACUUGGACUUACACAAACACAAGUGAAAAUUUGGUUUCAAAAUAAACGAAAACAACAGCAACCAUCAACAUCAACAUCAUCAUCAACAUCAACAUCAUCAUCAUCAUCAUCAUCAUCAUCAACAAUUUCAAAUCCUAUUGAAUCAAACUCAUUUAAUAUUGAUGCAGUUUCAUCAUCAUCUCCAUUUGCACCAAUUGAAUAUACAACUCAUCCAAAUCAUUUUUGGUCUUUAUCACCUUAUGUAACUAGUUAA